AGGUCUACCCUUACGAAAUAUCCCCGCACAGAUUCUCAAACAAGUCGGAUAUUUUGAAUAAUAAUAAUAAGAAAAGACUCUCGUUCUCUUCGGCCGGGCACGAGAAGCGUCGUUUUGCCAUUUUGGAUUUUUUUCUGUUGUUGAUCCGUUUUUUCAGCUGCUUUAACUCCGUGGCGGCGUCGUCCGUUCUGUGUGUGUGUGUGGCACCAAUUUUGGCCCAGGAUUAUCCUCCAUUUUUUAAUUACGGAUAACUCGAUUGACAUAACCAACGAGAUGGCAUUAGGAAUAGGUGACCAGUUUUGUCUGAGAUGGAACAAUUACCACUGCAAUAUGACGUCAGUGAUAAACCAGCUACUGGCUGAAGAAGCCUUUGUCGAUGUCACACUAGCCUGUGAUGGUGCCAGAAUCAAAGCUCACAGGGUUGUUCUGUCUGCCUGUUCCCCCUAUUUCCAACGAGUACUGUUGGACAAUCCCUGCAAGCAUCCAGUAUUGAUUCUUCCUGUUGGUGUUGGACAUGCCGAUUUAAGGGCCAUUGUGGAAUUCAUCUAUAGGGGUGAGACAUACGUAACCAGAGAUCAGCUCUCUUCCAUAGUUCGAGUGGCAGAAUUAUUGAAAAUUAAAGGGUUAUGUGAAGUUUCACAACAGCAGAAUGAAACUCAAACAGUGGGAUCUGUAAUGUCACAUACUCUGCCACUCCCACCUGUGGCAGAUCACCAGUCUGGCCCGGGACCGGGGAAUGGUGGCAGCUAUACUAACGUGGUGAAUGAUUCUUCGAUGACAACCGUGGCAGCAUCUCUAGGAGUUCCAAACAACACUGUCGUCUCAAUGGCAACGAUGACUCAACCUAUCAGUCAGUUAAUUUCGCCUGGACAAAACAGCAACCAGCGGCCUUCGUACUCACCUUCCUACCGUGGCCGACCAAGAGGAAGAAGGCCUUCAGGUUCUUCUGGUUCUGGCCGGGGGGGAUGGACUGGAAAUAGCGGAGAAAAAAGGAAUGCAGCGGCUGCUGGACUUAACUCGGGUGGCGUGCGACGUCCAACUCGAGGGACCUAUCGAGGCUCCUGGCCCAGUCGAUCGCCUUCUAAAACUUCACCCACUGGUUCCAAUCAAAGUACUGUACAGGGUAGUAGUAGCCAAGAUUCAGUCGAUUUAGUCCAAGACAACGACUCGAUGAUGGUGCAAACGCCACAAUCACUACAGGGUAAUCCGGGUGGAGGAGGAGGAGGUGAAGUAGGCGGCUAUCAUGGCAAUCCUUCCGCAUCGAAUACCCCUGUACACUCGGCACCCUCAUCACUCGAUUCACAACCGCAGACGACCAACCUGUAUGACACGAGAGGUUACAGCAGUCCAGUGGCACUUGAUCAUUUGCCGAGUCCAUGGCAGCAUCACCUGAGUCAACAUGCAACUCACGCUCACAACUUCAGCCCAACAAAUGCCGGUGGCAAUUCAUCAGGUCAACAACAGGACCGCUCUUUUAAGACGGAACCUGGUGGGGGCCAUGGUGGAGGGAGUGAAUUUUCUCACGCAUCAGUCGUCCGGAAUGAAGCUGUGGCUUCUGUAAACGACUCAGAUAGGAAUGGCCAUGACGAUGGAGGAGGCUUGACAGUGACGCCGGAAAUUUUGGGAUUGCUUCCAUCACACAUUACUAUGCACGGACACCACCAACACUCACAUCAACAGCAACAGCAACACCAGGGACACCAUUCAGCUGGUAGCGGUCAGAACACAACCGACGGCCCUAUCGGCAAUAAUAAUGGCGAUGCUUCGAGUGUUGCUGGCGGUGGUAGUGACGGCGGAGCGUCGUUGAAUGCGGUUAGCGACGCUCCAACGAAGAAAAUGUACACUCCAGAAGCUAUGGAAGCGGCCCUGGAUGCUUUACGGAAUGGCAGUAUGAGCCUGACGCGUGCGGCAGCCGCCUUUGGAAUACCAUCGACAACGCUAUGGCAACGGGCACAUCGGCUAGGUAUAGACACUCCCAUGAAAAAGGAUCCUUCCAGCCGACAUUGGUCAGAAGAUGAUCUCCGACUUGCAUUGGAUGCACUCAGAGCCGGUAGAAUAUCGGCUAAUAGAGCUUCUAAGGAAUACGGCAUUCCUAGCUCUACCUUGUACAAAAUAGCGAGAAAGGAAGGAAUUAAGUUAGCAGCUCCUUUUAAUGCCUCACCUACGACUUGGAGUCCAGAUGACUUGGGUCGAGCACUUGAAGCCAUCCGAGGUGGCAUGUCCGUCCAGAGAGCAGCUACGCAAUUUGGCAUUCCGUCCGGAACGCUUUACGGUCGGUGUAAGCGGGAAGGCAUAGAACUCGUUCAUAAGCAAAGUUAUAGCGGAGACCGGCCGUGGUCCGAUACAAACAUGACGGAUGCUAUGGAAGCAGUGCGGCAGGGAGAAAUGUCCAUUAAUCAGGCAGCCAUCCAUUUUAAUGUACCAUAUUCUUCGCUGUACAAUCGCAUUAAGAGGAUAAAGGCGGCUGAAGAGGCUGGUGAAAGUUAUGACGCAGCUCUAGCCGAAAGUGGACCGCCUCCUGACGAUGGCGAUGUGUAUGACGACGAUUUGGAUGAGGAUGACCCAAUGAUGAUCGCGGCUGGUAGUGGUGGAGGAGCCAGCGGUGGAGUGACUCCGUCUCCCACAUCGCAAGGCCACGCUCCGCAACACCAGCAGCAGCAACAGGGAAUGGGUGGAGAACCGUCGCCGUCCCCUUCAUCCUACAACCCGGGCGGUCAUGUUUCUCACACCCCUUACCUGACGAGCCACGUACCUGGUCACGUGACGAUGACUUUGCCCGUCAUGUCAACCGGCCCCGUCCCACUAACCAUGGACUACCAAACGUACGCUCACAGCCAGUCUCACGCCACCAACUCUUCGAGCCAGUCGUCUGGUGCUGUCACCUAUCCGCAGUAACUAAAACUAGCAACACAAAAAAAUAAUAAUUAAAAAAAAAAAAGCCAACGACUUCCCCAAUAAAGGCAAAUCAGAGCGGCGGGGCGGGGUCCCAAUUAUUCACGUUUUUCCCACACACUAUUUUUUUUUAAAUACCAGGUGAAUGGUUCCAAAUUGUUGUGCAUGUCCCUUUACGUAUAUAUAUUAUUAUUCUCUUUUAAAAACGACACUCGCCACAUCCAUCGACUUCCGAAAUUUCUAUUCGGGAGAGGCUGUCGAUCGAGUUUAUAAAAUAGAAUCGAGUCGGUGUCAAUGAACUCACCUUCUCGAUUUACGCCUCUUAUCGAUGGAUGACAGAAAACUGAAAGCACGACAAAAAGUUUAUAUUUUCAUAUGAACAAAAAAAAAUUGUAGUUGUUUUUCGGUUCUUGUUUUAUCGGGAUUUAUUGCCUUUUUUCGUCUCUUCCACGAAUUAUUUCACCUCUGCGACCAUCCCCUCGAAAAAAGCAUUUCAUUUAUUUUUAUUAUUUUUUGUUUUCCCCAUAAUAACUGGAUCUGAAAAAUGGAGAAGAUUUAAGAACGUGAUUGGCAGGGUUUGAGUGUGUGUGUCUCUGUGUGCCGUUGAGUAUAUGCGUGCAUGUCUUGAUGAAUCUCUUCCAAGGAAAAAGCAAUCAUGGCUACUCCCGGACCCAGUUCUCACCGUAUUCUCCACCUCCUUAAUUUCAAUAUUCAAAACACAAACACUUUAUUCUCGAUGAACAAAAAGAGAGAAAAAAGAAAAAAUUAUCAUACCAAGAAGAAAAAAAAAAAGAAAAAAAAAAAGUUUUGAAAGAGUAAUAAUAAUAAUAAAAAUGCGCGCGAUUGAUUAUAAUGAAAAUACACACAACUAUUUUUCUGUUGAAA